CCGCCGCGGACCGCCAUGGAGGCCAAGGUCCGGCCGAGUCGGCGCUCGCGCGCGCAGCGGGACCGCGGCCGGCGCAGGGAGGCCGCCCGCGACGCCCGCGCGCAGAGCCCGUCGUCGGGCGAAGAGCCCGAGCCUAGCCCCGGCAAGGAGAACGCGGGCCUCCGCGGCGCGCCGCCCCCGCGCCCCGCGCCCCGCGCAGCGCGCCCCCCGCGCCGCCGCCGCCGCGAGUCCAGCUCGCAGGAGGAGGAGGUCAUUGACGGCUUCGCCAUCGCCAGCUUCAGCACGCUGGAGGCCCUGGAGAAGGAUAUGGCCCUGAAGCCACAGGAGCGGAAGGAGAAAUGGGAACAACGUCGCCUCUUCAAAAAGCCCCGGGACUCAGAAACCUGUCCAUCUGCAGAGCCCAGUGAGAACAGACAACCCCUGGAGGCGGACAGCCCUGGGCAGGACUUGGAGCCCAGCUGUGAAGGAGGGGCCAGGAAGGUCCCCUUGCAACCCUCUAAGCAGAUGAAGGUUGCUGUGUCCAGAGGGGGUGACCACAACAGUGACGACGACAAUGUUCUUGAAGCCAGCAGCUCCCGGCAGAGCAGUCCCCAGGACCAGCUCAGCGACAGCUCAGCGCAGGCCGCGUCUGGGAGAGGCUACUCCUGUGACAGCGAGAGUGGCAUGGACGACAAGGCCUCUGUGGGCUCCGAGAAGCUGUUUUCACCAGCAGCUGGGAAAGACCCCGCACACAGUGAGAAGUCGGAGAAUAAGGCUGGGGCAGUGCCCAAGGUGUCGGGCCUGGAGCGCAGCCGUGAGCUCAGCACUGAGACCUUCUUGCCGGCUGCCGCGCCCUCCGGGCUUGCAUGCAGCACCCGUGCCAGCCCCCUGGUGAAGAAGGAAACCCCGGCGCCCCGCCACGCUCCACAGCCGCUGCCCGCACCCCCGCAGCAGCGGGACCCGCUCCCAACGCACGUGCCUCCAUCGCUGAGCACCUUCACGGGCCCAGGCCCCUGCCAGGCCGGGCCCAACGGGCUGCACCUGCACAGCCUCAGCAGGAGCAGCAGUACGGGCAGUGGCGCCCCUCUGGGCCUGGCAAAGCACGUGUCGCUGUCGCCGCACGGGCCCGGCCCCCACCUCUCUACCUCACACCUGGCGCUCCGGUCCCAGGCGCAGCACCAGCACCACGCGGCGGCCAUGUUCGCCACACCCCCGACACUGCCCCCGCCCCCGGCGCUGCCCGCCAGCAGCCUGGUCAUCCCAGGACACCCUGCCGAUGCCAGCCUGUUGAUCUCAUUCAACCAGCCAAUCAUGUAUUGCCAGCCUCAUUCGGGGAUUCUGAUUGAUCGCGAGCUGCUCAGGCAAGAGCUGAACACGCGGUUUCUGGUGCAGAGCGCUGAGCGGCCGGGCGCCUCCCUGGGCCCGGGGGCUCUGCUGGCCGAGUUCCAUCAGCACCAGCACACACACCAACACACACACCAGCACACACACCAGCACCAACACACAUUCGCCCCCUUCCCGGGGCUGCCCCCGUCGCCUCUCGUGCCGCCCGCUGCACCCCUGCCGUUUGACAAGUUUUCACCCAAGCUGGACAGCCCCUACUUCCGACAUUCCAACCUCUUUCCACCCUUCCCUCCUGCUGUCCCAGGACUGCCCACCCUGCUCACACACCCUGGCCCCUUUGGGUCCUUGCAGGGUGCUUUUCAGCCCAAGACUUCAAACCCGAUUGAGGUAACAGGCCGGGCCAGUGCUGUCCACACGCUCCUGCAGAAGGCCCCUGGGGUGUCUGACCCGUACCGGACAGCGGUCAGGAAGCCGGGGCGGUGGUGCGCUGUGCACGUGCAGAUCGCCUGGCAGAUCCAUGUCCACCAGCAGAAGGCAAAGCAGAUGCAGCUGGACCCCCACAAGCUGGAGGUGGGCACAAAGCUGGACCUGUCCAGCAGGCCCCCUGCCCCUGGUGUGUUCUCGGGGUUCCACUACCCACAGGACCUGGCCCGCCCUCUCUUCUCCAGCACAGCCCUUCACCCAGGUGCCGCCCACCCUGCCUCCAGCCUCUGCGGACCCUCAGCCCAUCACAGCUUCCUGCCUGCUGGUCACCUUGCAGGCCCUUUCAGCAGAUCCAGCACCUUCGGGGGCCUGGGGAGCCUGGGCAGCCAUGCCUUCGGAGGCCUGGGCAGCCACGCACUGACUCCAGGGGGCAGCAUCUUUGCCCCCAAGGAGGGCUCCACGCUACACGGCCUGCCCAGCCCCCACGAGGCCUGGAGCCGGCUGCACCGGACGCCCCCCUCCUUCCCCACACCGCCCCCAUGGCCCAAGCCCCAGGAGGCAGAGCACAGCGCAGCCCUGACCAGCCACGACCGAGAGCCAGACCAGGGCCGGGAGGAGCGGGAGCGAGACCUCCUGGAGAAGACACGCCUGCUGAGCCGCGCCUCCCCUGCAGCUCCCGUGGGCCAUCCCAUCAGCAGCCUCCUGCUGCGCGGCCAGGGCGAGCUGGGCAGAGCCGGGGCCCCAGCAGAGCCCCGGGUCAAGGAGAGCCACUCACCUGCCAAGGAGGAUGGCGCCACGCUGGUCGCGCGCCCGCCGUCGCCCUACAGCAAGGCGGCCCUGGGCGACAGCCUGCGCCUGGCCUGCCUGCUGGGUCGAGAGCCGGGCAGGCCACCGGAGCCGCCCGAGCGUCCGCAGAGCGACGUGAAGGUCAAGGAGGAGCGCAGGGAGGAUGAAGCGCCAGAGCCCGCAAGCGGCGGCCUGCUCCCCGCGCCCACGCAGCCGGGCCCGGGCCGCGAGCGCCUGGGCGCACCGGGCUUCUCAUGGGAGCCUCUGCGCGAGGCCUACCGCGGCCUGGAGCUGCCACGCCGCGCGGGCCCCGCGCCCCCGGAGCCGGCCGAGCGCCCCUAUCGCGACCGCGAGCCGCACGACUACAGCCCCGAGCGCCUUCGGGAUGCGCGCCGCGAGGACCUGGAGCGUGCACGGGCACCCGGCCCCGACGGCGCCGCGCUGCUGGGCGCGCUGCACUACGCGCGCCUCGGGCCCGCCGCCCUGCACGGCGCGCUGUUAGCGCGCACCCCUCCCGCCGCCGCGCUCGGCGCGCCGCCCCCGCUCGUGGCCGCGGCCGGGAUCCCCGCGCGCCCCAGGACUACGCCGCUGGCGCUGGGCCCGAGCGAGGCGCGCGACUACUCUCCGCCGCGCAACCCGCAGGAGGUGGAGGCGCGGUAGCCCUGGGGCUGCUCUCCAGCAGAUGCGCGCUGUCCCGAACGCUCCUGGCGCGAACCCCGCGCAAGCACAGCCCCUCCGCGUCCCCGCAGCGCGAGCCCUGGAGCGCAGGGGACGGUUUUCCAGUCGAGAUUAGGCCCCUGGGAAAAUCCACCUUUGUAUCUUUCCCCCCACAGGUGAGAAGCGUUUUUAAUGGUUUUGUAUUUUUCUUAAUUUUGUGCUCUCAGACAUUUAAAAGAACCAAAAAAAAAAUUUUUAGUUGGGAUUUGUGAUUUACUGGCCUCAGAUCCCUUUCCAGCCCCAGGGUUUCUUUGUCUUAUUUAUGGAGAGAACGCGGUCUUUUUGUCCAGCACACUGUGAGGCUCCCGCUCAGGCCGGCCCUGGCCACCCCAUCCCCUUGGUACUUGGAACCGAAGUUACAGAUAUAUAUUAAAAUAAGAAUUAAUAAUAAUGUACAAAA